AUGGAGGAAACAAUCGCCGAAUUACGACGUCAGGUUGAAGAACAACAAAGGCUCCGAGAAGCGGCUGAGCGCCGCCAGGAAGAAGCUGAGCGCCGUGAAGAGGAAGAGAGGCAAGCACGAGAAGCGGCAGAACGGCGAGUGCAACCCAAUCCACUAUUUCACCUCCUCGAUCGCUGCCACAAUUCUCUGUCCCAAGCGAUCCAAGUUGAGGCAGAUGCGACCCUCACGACGCAGGGCGACGCGGCCGACCCAGUGAACCGACUCUACCCCAAGCAUAUCGUCCCUUGGCUUGACUUCCCCCAGCUACAGGAACAAGUCUGGGAGAAAUUCGACCGCACCGCUGCCUUUACCGCGCGCCCCCUAUUCCCUUCUGAUGCCCAAAUCGAUUAUGUCGUUACGAAUAUCCAGAACAAGCCGAUCUAUUCGGAAGCGUCUCUUCGGAAUUUUGAGCGAGACACGGUGGAUAACUUUGUCGAAAAAGUCAUUAAUGCUUUGCGAGACGAUGAACCCCUUCGACAGGAGUUUGGAAUCCAAGGCCGAGUCACCUUCUAUGAUCGCGCGAACCCAUCGGAGACUUCGCUGGAGAACAGCUUGGAGCGAAUGAGUCUUCACGACGUGCGUACACCCCGGCGGCCGGCGGACCCUAGGCAUGGAAGGGGGAGAGGAGCGGCGCAGAGACAGAAGAGGAGUGGGACUGCACGAAGACGCAAUCGGCGCGCCGACCAGUUCUGCGUGCACCUUGUGGCUAAUGAACAACACAUACCAGUUUAUGCAGUGGAGUUCAAAGCGCCACACAAAGUGACAAUUCCCGAACUGGUGGCGGGUCUUCACCAGACUGAUCUGGCUCGCGAUGUCAUUGACCAAGAAGGUGACACAUUUGAAUUUUAUGCCACCCGCCUCGUCGCCGCCGUGGUCACUCAGAUAUUCUCGUACAUGAUCGACAGUGGAGUUCGAUACGGCUACAUCUGCACUGGAGAGGCUUUCGUUUUCCUCCAUAUUCCAAAGGAUGAUCCUACCGUUGUUCAAUAUUUCUUGUGUAUCCCGAAUCAAGAUGUGCAAGCGGACGAUGAAUUGCGCCUCCACCGGACAGCCAUCGGUCAGGUGCUUGCGUUCACCCUUCAAGCGCUGGCCGUCGAACCUCCGACUCAAGAAUGGCACGAUGCGGCACACGACAAGCUAACGACCUGGAAGGUCGAGUAUCUCGACGUGUUGAGGGAAAUUCCCGAAACUCUCCGUAAAGACCCGCGGGCCUCUAAUUAUCGGCCCUCGCACUGGAAACGAGAGCGGAAACGAGAUCGGAAAAUACACAACACACGCUCUCGUGCUGGCGCUCGUUGUCAACCGGGCGCAUCUACACCGAAGCACUCGUCGACUGAAGGCAGCGGCAGUGAUCAAGAAUCGCACUCGCCAUCUACCGCGGCAGCAUCGCGCAUCCGAUCGAGCCGUGGCCGAGGCAACAACCGCCAAUCAACUAGGGGAAGCGAAAGGACACGAGCCGACCGGGACAACAAACAGACUUCUCGAAAAGACAGGCAUUCUACACGACCAUACUGCACCAUUGCCUGCAUCCGCGGCAUGGUCAACCGAGAACCUCUGGAUAAAAAAUGCCCUAACUGGAAACUCCACGGUGGUCAGAGACACUCCAUGGGACCGCAGGAGUUCAGACGCCAGCUUCAUCGUCAACUUGCCCGAGAUCGAGAUCUUGGAUUCGAACAGCUGCAUGUCUGUGGUCGGACAGGAUACCUCAUGAAAGCCACCCUCCUAUCGCGCGGAUACACUGUGAUCAUUAAAGCCACGACUGUGGAGAAGCAGCAUCGCCUCCAAGCGGAAGUGGACAAUUAUCACCAUCUCAGGAGCUUGCAGGGACAACACAUUCCCGUCUGUCUUGGAGACUUUAAGCCUCGCGUUGCAUAUUGGUACCACGGCGAAUUAAUGGCCCAGAUGAUGAUCUUGAGCUGGUCAGGAACGCGGCUUCAACAUGUCGUCAAUGAUGGGAAUUCUAGCUUCUUCGACCGAGAGCGCGACAAAGCUCUGGCUGUGCUCCGGUCGCGCGGAGUUAUCCACUGCGACAGUGAGUGGCGUAAUAUGCUGUGGGAUGACCUGAGUGGCCGUCUGGUCGUCAUUGACUUGGAGGAUGUGAAAUGGUUGAAGCGGCCUCGGGCCCUUGAACCUACGUCUGGCAAUACACGGCGUGCUCGUGUCAGAGCAAUGAAAUAA